AUGCAGUUUAUUCUUCUCCUGCCAUUGGCGGCAGCCUUGUGCGCUGCCAUGGUGAUUCCAGAUCAAGAAGCCAUCGAGGCUCUUUCACGGAACCAUGUUCAUCAGAAUAAGCCAAGCUCCCAGAUAGUUCUGAGUGAGGAAGAGAACCCGGAUGAAGCCACAGAGGCCAAUCCUUGGUGGAAAGUGUUAGCUGCCCUGUCCAAACAUGAUCUUGAAUCAGUUCUUGAUCAAAACUUGGAGCAUUCUAUGCGGGACGAAGAGAAGAUGAUGGUGACGAUGACGACGGCGACGAUAAUGACGAUGACGAUGAUGACGGCGACGACGAUGAUGAUGAUGGAUCAGGCGACGAGCAUCACCAUUCACCCCAUUGCCGUCGACCUGGUCACGGCUCGGGACAUCAUCAUAAAGACAAUGGAGAUAAAAGACCACGCUGCGGCUGCCCAGGCCAUGGAGGCCAUGAUGAAGAUGGCGGUCACGACGGAGAUGGAGAUAAGGAUGGUGACGACGACGGAGAUGAUAACCCUCCAGAUGAAUGUCCAGGGCAUGGAGGGCAUCAUCAUGGAGAAGACAGAGAUGGACAUAAACAUAGAGGCUGCCACCACCAUCAUCUUCGACACUGCCCUGGACCUAACCAUCCUCGCCACGGUGACGAUGAUGGAAAUGACUCUCCUGAUAAAUGUCCUCAUCAUCAUCCUCAUCGUCGCCUGUUCCCUCGCCCGAAAAAACAAGGGCAUCCAAGACGCAAACCAUCUCAUCACCAUGACUCUCUGUAGAUGA